AUGUCAAGUGCUCCGUACUAUUCCAGUGAGCAACGGUUCUCCUACGGAGGUGGCGGCUCACGCAGCUAUGGUUCCAACCGGGGAUAUGGUAGCAGCAGUGGUAACUAUCGUAGUUACGGUGGCUCUUCCCAUGGUUAUGACAAUGGGAGCCUAGGAAGCAAACUUGGAGCAAUAGACUGGUCCAAAGAAACUUUAGUGCCAUUCGAAAAAAACUUCUAUAAGGAACAUGACGAUGUAAAGGCAUUGAGCAGAGCAGAAGUUGACCGGAUCAGAAGGGAAAGAGAGAUUACAAUCAUAGCUGGACGUGACGUACCCAAACCAGUCAUUUCUUUUGAACAUACGUCGUUCCCAGAUUACAUCCUCAAAGCUAUCGCUGCAGCUGGAUUCACAUCGCCAACGCCCAUACAAGUGCAGGGAUGGCCCAUCGCGUUAUCAGGAAGAGAUGUGAUAGGAAUUGCCGAAACCGGUUCUGGCAAGACUUUGGCGUUCCUACUACCAGCAGUAGUGCAUAUAAAUGCACAACAUCUUCUAAGACCUGGAGAUGGGCCUAUUGUGCUAGUACUUGCGCCCACAAGGGAACUAGUUGAACAGAUCCGACAGCAGUGCACACAAUUCGGAUCAAGUUCAAGAAUUAAGAGCUCAGUAGCUUAUGGAGGGGUACCCAAGAGGCAACAAAUGUAUGAACUGAAACGGGGUGUCGAGAUUUUACUAGCCUGCCCUGGGCGCCUCAUAGACUUCCUAGAGUCGAACGUCACCAACUUGAGACGAGUUACCUAUCUUGUGCUCGAUGAAGCAGACCGCAUGUUGGACAUGGGUUUCGAACCACAAAUUAGGAAAAUCGUCAGUCAAAUCAGGCCAGACAGACAAACAUUAAUGUGGUCCGCCACAUGGCCUAAAGAGGUCCAGUCGUUAGCUCAUGAUCUUUGCAGAGAAGAACCCGUACAUAUCAAUGUCGGAUCACUCGAUCUCAAGACUUGUCAUAAUGUAUCGCAAGAAGUUUUCGUGAUAGAGGAACACGAAAAACGGUCACAAUUGAAAAAAAUAUUGACAAAAAUUGGAGAUGGGAUUAAAAUACUCAUCUUUGCCGAUACAAAGAAAACUGCGGACUCUCUUACCAAGGAACUCAGAUUAGACGGGUGGCCAGCACUCAGCAUUCAUGGAGACAAGAAACAAGAAGAACGCAACUGGGUACUCAACGAGUUCAAAAGUGGAAAACAUCCCAUCAUGGUUGCUACGGAUGUUGCAUCCAGAGGACUGGAUGUGCGUGACGUCAAGGUCGUCAUCAACUUCGACUUUCCCAACCAAAUAGAGGAUUAUGUACAUCGCAUUGGUCGUACAGGACGUGGUGGAAACAAGGGUGCUUCCUAUACGUUCCUAACGCCAGACAAAAGUCGCGUAGCUAGGGAACUUGUCAAGCUCAUGCGCGAAGCUAACCAGACUGUCAGCCCCGAACUGUCCAAACUGGCAAACGAACGAUCAGGUGGCAGCGGGAACGAUCAUAGAAGGUGGGGAGGAUACGGUGGUGGUUAUGGAUAUGGUCAUCGUUCGGGUGGGCAUUACCAGACCUCAGCAAAUGCACUUCCUCUGGGGAGGAGGUACUGA